AUGGUAAAUUUUUACAACGACGUUAAUGAAUCUACGAAUUCAAACGGCGAAUUGCCCUUAAUACCUAUUGCGUUUCAGGAUUCAUCAGAAUUAUUAGUCAGGACUAUAUCUACGGGAAAUGAAAUCAUCGAAUCAGUACACUUGACGAAAUGGUUACAGAAACGCAGAACUGCGUUUGCUGAUCAACUUGACCGCUACGAAAAAAAAUGGGAAACCAAUACAGCUAACUUUAGACUUCAAGUUCAACAUAUUAUCAACUAUUCGAGAAAAAACAUUUUCAAUGAUGAAUUUGAAAAUAAGCAUACUGUGGUCCCAGGCUCACUAAUAGCACUGGGUGCCUUUUUCGCUGGCAGUUUAGCAGUCAAUAAAUCUAACUGGGGAGCUAAGAGAUUGUUAUUCAGUCAUAAGUCAAGCAUUCUUGAAAAACUGUGUACAUCAUUACCAUCGAGAAUGUUGCUGCCUUGGGUAUUGGCAGCAGCAACGUUUAAAUUCUGGGCACCUCAAACAUCACAGAAUCUAGUUAGUGCCACGGAAAAUGAUCUACUACCACGCGAUUUUGUAAGUUCAUAUCAUGAUGCUUGGAAACAACUCUACGAAGAAGGAUAUGUUGCGAAAAAGAAUACCUUGAAAUGCCAUAUUGAUCAGACUCUACAAAAAAAUAUCAAAUACGCAAGGGAACAACUUUAUGAAAAGUUGGAACAAGCAUGA